AUGAACGCGGAAAGUGAUCAGUCAACCACAUCGACUGGAACUCCGGAACCAUUCACUUCAUCGAUCCAACCGACAGGUUCGACGCUAGGGACGCCGCCAUCGUUCGAGACGACUAGUGCGAUCCCGGGUUCAAUCGCGGUCAACGAAGGUCAUCGUCCUACCACGUCUACAGCGCUAGGAGACGAGCCUCCGCGAAACGAGCUUCUUAAAAAUGCGUCAGCCUCCGCAGGGCCAUUUUCGCCGUUGGAAAUCGAAGCCACUACCACGCAGCGUUUGUCGCGUCCGAUGGAUCGUAUCCCGGCGUCAUCGCAGCGCAAUCCGCCAUCAAUGCUCGAUGGAGAUUUGGCGUGCCUCGGAGGGACGCCACCGCCAAACCGAGUGGAGAUCGGGUUGAUGGAGAUUGAGUUGAGGAUGAAAGAGCUUGAGCUGGAACAGCAAAGGCUCGCGUUAGAAAGGACGCGCCUCAGCCUUCGAAACCAAGGUAGCAGUGCUGUGUUGAUCGGUGGAAAUAUCGAAAGUGCUGUGAAAGUGCGUGCAGAAAAAGUGAACGAGUGGACGGCUGCGACGGAGCGUGCAGGCAAAUUUCAAGGGAGCCAUGCUGGGUUUACACCUGCGACUACCUUCACGCCCCCCCUUUACUCUCGUCAACCUGGACCAUUACACAGCACGAGUAGGUUCGGAGGAAACGUGUCGUACGGACACGUUACUACAAACCGGCACGAAAGUACCGGCGAUCACACCAUCCCGACUCUAAACCAGAGUCAACUUUACGCCCGUCAAGGCAAUUUAAGGGACCUUCCAACGUUCUCUGGACGACCAGAGGAAUGGUCCACGUUUGUGUCCAAUAUGGAGCGAACUACGGCGAUGUACGGAUAUACCGACGAGGAAAACAUCGAACGGCUAUCUAAGGCCCUUCGUGGUAAGGCUCGCGAUAUAGUUGGAGCUAGACUAACGGCCAAUGAUCUUCCUCAGAUUAUGAACGUGCUACGGCGCCAUUUUGGACGCCCUGAACUUAUCAUCAGCAGCUUGAUCCGAAAAAUUCGUCAGCUUCCUUCGCCAAAGCUAGAGAAGAUUGAUUCCGUCGUAGACUUCGGAAAUGCGGUGCAAGAAAUGGCUGCGGUGAUUUCGGCUUCCGGUAUGUUCGGGUACGCGUAUAACGUAUCGUUAUUGCAGGAAAUCGUGGAUAGGCUUCCAGCUGUGCUACGUCGCGAUUGGUCGCACCACUGCCUACGACUAGGCAUACCAACCAUUCCGGAUUUUAGCGAUUGGAUGGAAAGAGAGCUUGAGGCGGCCAGUUUCAACACGCUACCCUCAUUUGACGAGCCUAAAAAUGAGAAAUCGACGUCAGAAGAAAAAAAGCGAAAAGCAAAGCCUGCAUCCUACCUGCAUACUAUGGUAAGCGAAAAAGCAUCGAGCGAUCCUGCGAAGCUGAACCAUUGCGUCGUUUGUAAGGGAGAUUGUUCGAGCUUGGCAGAGUGCACCAAGUUUAUAGGAUUGGACGUCAACCAACGGUGGACCGUGAUCAAGCAGGAAAGGCUGUGCCGAAAGUGUUUACGGUGUCAUGUGAGUGUAUGCAGUGUGCAGAAACCGUGUGGUAAAGAUGGUUGCAUUUUGCAGCAUCACAACAUGCUGCAUCGAAAUGGGCCACCGAGAUACCAACAGACGAUUUCCAAAGCAACAGUGGAAACUAUAAGCGCUCAUACAGCAGCCAACGAUGGAGUUCUGUUCCAGUAUGUUCCCGUUAUUAUUUACGGGAAUGGAAAAGCGGUUGAGACAGUCGCAUUCUUUGAUAGCGGAUCAUCGGGAACGUUUAUCGAGGAAGGGUUGAUUGAUGAGUUGGGCCUUGAUGGGAAGCCCCAUCCUUUGUGUAUACGCUGGACCGGCGAUACGGAACGCACCGAAAAGGAUUCGGUUCAGUUAGAACUGAAAAUCGCAGGAGUCGGCAAUGCUAAAAAGGUAUUUACGUUGCCAAAGGUUCAUACCAUCCGGAAAUUAGCACUGCCGCGCCAGUCACUGUCGGCCAAGCAGAUAACCGCAACUCAUCACCAUCUGCGGAACCUCCCUUUAGCAUCAUACACCAACGCGAGUCCACGUUUGUUGAUCGGCAUAGAUAACUGCCAUUUGAUACAUCGCAACUACCACAUAUGCAUGCGUGGCUCGGAUGACAAGCGAGCUAUAGAUGCAGCGAUGAGGGAGUUUUUCCCCAUUGAGUCGCUGGGCAUAGCAAAGACAGCUGUUCCAACGCUGUCUAAGGACGACGAAAGAGCGUUGCAGAUGCUCACGACCGAGACCAGACUGAUGAAGGGUCGUUAUGAAACAUGUCUGCUGUGGCGCUUUGACAAUGUACGUCUUCCGUGCUCCAGGGAGAUGGCUCUUAAACGAUAUGGGUGCCUGCGAAGAAAGAUGAGAACAGAUCCAGCUCUCGCCGACUCCGUGGUCGAGAAAAUGCAGAGUUAUGAAGAUCAGGGGUAUGUACGACGACUUACAUCAACGGAACUCACCGCCCGGGGCGAACGCGACUGGUAUCUUCCAGUGUUCCCGGUAUUCAAUCCGAAUAAACCCGGGAAGUUACGUCUGGUAUUCGAUGCAGCAGCAAAGGUACGUGGUGUGAGCCUCAACACGUUCCUAUUGGCGGGUCCGGAUCUGUUAGCAGGGCUUUUAACGGUGCUCUAUAAAUUCCGGGAGCGUCGAGUCGCUAUAGUUGGUGACAUAAAGGAAAUGUUUUUUCAAGUAAGGAUGAACCCCGAAGAUCAGCGCUCACAGCUUUUCUUUUGGGAUCGGGAAGAGGUUGCGGACCGUGACCCUACGGUGUAUGCGGUAGCCGAAAUGACGUUUGGAGCCGCCUGCUCACCAAGCAGCGCGCAAUUUGUAAACAACCUAAACGCGACAAGGUUUGAGCGCGAGCAUUAUGUAGACGACAUGCUCGCCAGCGUGGAAACGGAAGACGAGGCCAUCACUCUAGCAGAUGAAGCUCGACGCGGUAAACCGAUCGAAAUUCUGAGUGAUCGCGGAACGAACUUCGUGGGAGCUGAACGCGAGCUUAAGGAAGCCUGGAGCGAGGUAGAUGGCGAUAAACUGGUGGAAGAGUUCACCGACCACGAGCUCACGUGGAAGUUCAACCCACCGGGCGCGCCACACUUUGGAGGAUGUUGGGAAAGGCUAGUACAGUCGGUGAAGAAAGUACUUAGGGAAAUGAAAAUUUCGCGACUCCCUACCGACGAAGUAUUGUCGUCAACUUUUGCCGAAAUUGAGAUGAUCGUCAAUUCUCGACCGCUGACACAGGUUCCGCUCGACGAGAAAUCGGAAUCACCGCCGACACCUAACCAUUUUCUUUUAGGUUCAGCAAAUACAGAGCGGUCAUUAGGCAUAUUCGACGACAACCCCGCGACGUUGAAGGUGGCCUGGAAGACAUCACAAGUGUUAACCACGAUCUUUUGGAAAAAGUGGGAUGCGGACUACUUACCGACGCUAACAAAGAGAGGGAAGUGGUUCGAAACAUCGAAGCCGAUCACCGUUGGAGACAUAGUUGUCGUCGUGGACGGAAACUUACCGAAAAACACCUGGCCAAAGGGACGCAUCAUAGCGGUCAAACAAGCGAAGGAUGGACAAGUGAGGCAGGCGACCGUGCAGACUGCACAAGGAUUGCUUCAACGACCGGCAACUAAAUUAGCAGUGCUUGAUGUGAAAGCACAUGGUACGAAAGCACAGGAUACAGACGAGUAG